AGCCGCUGCCGCGGCGGGGGCUUUGCGGGGGCCACCGCUGGAUGCCCGGGCGAGGUCGAGUAUCGUGGCGCCCGACGCGGCCGAGUCCGCCUGGAAGAUCAGGGCCCGCGGCGGCCAUCCCGCUAUGGCGACGGAGAAUCAGCAGUUCCACCCCAAGAAGUAUGAGAAGCUGGAGGAGUGGGAGGCCGACCUGCCGCUGCAGGCCGGGAACUGCACGGCCCUCGUGAGGGGCGGCCCGGAGAGGCUCGACGACCUCCAGGUGUUCCUGACGGAGCUUGCGUGGGCUGCGCUGCGCGGCGAGAUCUCCGCGGAGAGGGCCGCGGAGCUGCUGAAGCUCACGCCAGUGCCGAAGCGGGAGCCGCUGCAGAAGCUGCUGACCGACGUGUUGUGGAUGGUCGGCUUCUCCGCUACGGAGGCGCCCAUCAACAAGGUCCAGGCCAUCCGUGCCCAAGGGGUCACGAGGCUUGACCUUCAGAGUCUCACUGCGGAGGAACUCGCGGGCGUGGUUGGGGGGUCGCCGUCCCCGGCCUUGCUGGCCUUGCGGGACGACGCGGCCGAGUCCUUCCAGGCUGUGCUCCGCGCCCCCGCGGUGGAUCUCCCAGCCCUCGAUAUGGAAAGGCGGAUGCGGGCGGCCAAGAGGGCCGGGCUACUGCUCCUAGAGCUUGCCCAGUUCUCUGCCCACCGUGCAGAGUUGGACAACGCGACGCGCCUCCGGCAAGCAGAACAGUGGGCAAACUGUUUUGCCAGGGGCUUAGCGCUGCGGUUCGACGACAAAUCCGUCAAUCACGCACUGGCUUGCUGGCGGCGGUGGCUUCGCUGGCGGGAGACGCAGUCGAUUCGGCUGUCCCCAGCGGCCGCCGCCCCGCUGGCGCUGGAAGUGGCGUGCUUCCUUGACGAGGUCGGGGCCCGGGGUCCAACGGCAGCGCGUGGCGUGCUGUCGGGAUUGCGGUUCCUGCGGGACCAUUUGGGGCUUAGUCAGUUGCCGCUCGACUCCCCGUUGUUGGCGGGGCAUCGCGCGGUGCCGCACGAUCACCUGGAACGGCCGAUGGCUAAGGAGAUCAGCCUGCGGGUGUGGCUUUUCCUGCUGUCGGUUGCGGGCGAAGGUGCGGGGGCGGUGUCCUUGUUCGCGGGGCUUGUCGCAUUCUUGCUGGUGGCGACGCUCCGGUUCAAGCACGCGCAGCGCUUCGAGUUCGUUCAGGAGCAGUGCACGCCCAGGACGCUUGUGGGCAGGGUGUACCGGGGCAAGGUGCGGGGCGGGAGGCCGUUCUAUGUGGCCGUCCCAACCUGCGUGCAUCCUCACCGCCCGCUGUUCCACGAACUCAUGGGGGAGCUGCAGAGGCACGCCCCCGGGGCGCAGUUCCUGAUCCCGGACAUGCAGGCGCGGGGCGUCACGACGUACUCGCUGCGCAGGAAGCUGCCGACGGCUGCUGACAGGCUGGCGCUGCCAAUGCUGGAUCGGUCCGCGCUGGGCGAUUGGGCUGACGUGGUGGUUGCUGGAGAGGGGCAGAAGCAGCGCGCCUGUCGCGAGCCGGUGGCUGUUCGGUAUUCUGACGCCCGCUUGGAAUCGUCAGCCCAGGUCCGCCGCAUUAUCUUGGCCGCUUUCCAUGAUGCUGGGUCCCGCAAUUGGCUGGAGGCGGAGGACCUCCGUCGGCUGGCGCCCUCGGUGCCUGAGUACCGGGAGCAGGUGGGGCGAGCCGAGUGGGGCCUCGCGGGCGCUGUGGCUGCUGCGCGAGACGGGCCUGCGUUGGCCCCGGCAGCCGAGCGCUCGGCGCAGCCUGCGGCUGAGGCAGUUGACGUGUCCAGCACGGGAUCUUCAUUUGGCAGCGAUUCGGAGAGCGACGAGGAGGCGGAGGCCACUGCGCCAGCGGAGGUAUCAUGGCUGCUCCCAAGAGGGGCUAAGUCGUACCUCCACCUGGCCUCCGACCAGGAGUAG